GUGGAAAGUAAAAGUUGAUUUGGAGAUUUGUGCUCCAACCAACAUGUUGCAGGUUCCAAGACUAGCGACUGUAACCAAAUAUGCCUUAAUCAGUAGAUUUCUCUUGUUUAUGAUUCAGGUUUUGUUUAAUUUGCUGAUACCAGACCAUGAAGCAGAUGUAUUCAAUCCCCCACCCAAUCCAAACACAGAAUCUACAGAACUCGAUGUCAUCGUGCAGUUUUUGAUUGGUGGAUUCCGACGAUGGGACGCUAUUUAUUUUUUACAUGUAGCAGAAUAUGGUUACACCUACGAAAACACCAUAGUAUUUUUCCCCUUGUUUCCUAUGACAACCAGAAUUCUUGCCAACACUGUUUUUUAUCCUAUACAAUUUUUUUUAUCUUAUUCCAACACUGUAUUACUCUGGGCUUUUUUGUUAAAUAAUUUUUUAUUUGUGAAAUGUGCUCAACUUUUAUACAAAUUAGGAUUAUCUAUUCUCAAUGAAGAGAAUUUAGCAUUCAAGGCAGCCAUUUUAUUCUGUUUUAACCCGGCCAGUGUCUUUAUGUCAGCACCUUACUCGGAAACGAUUUAUUGUUUUUUAUUGAUGUCAAGCAUGGAAAGUGUUCAUAGGGAUUCAAAUGUUAAAGCAGCCAUUCUGAUUGGUCUAUGUACAUUAGCACGAUCCAAUGGUUUAAUUGCGUUGGGUUUUGUGCUAUACUCAAUUUUGGAAGAUUUCAUGAAAACAAUAACAGGUUUUGCGUUUGUUAAGACUUUACUUUGUGGUAUAGCAGCAGCUGCACCAUUUUUGAUCUAUCAAUAUAUUUGUUAUUGGAAUUUCUGUAACAGCGAAGUUUACGAGCUUCCAGAACACAUCAUUCAAUAUGGCUGGAAGAGAAAUUAUCAUAUCCUUGGUGACGAUUUAUCACCAUGGUGUCAUGACAUCAUACCAUUAUCGUAUGGCUAUGUUCAAAAACAUCACUGGGAAGUGGGAUUUAUGAAAUAUUAUGAAAAGCAACAAAUUCCUAAUUUUCUGUUAGCUACUCCUAUAGUUAUAUUAAGUUUAUCUUGUGUUUGGACAUAUUUUAAAAGAAACACAUGGACAUGUUUGACAUUGGGAUUGGGAAAGAAAACCAGUUCAAGGCAGAAGACUGAGGAAAUUGAAGUUGAUUUAGGUUUUAAGAAUAAGAAGUUAUUAGUUCACUGUGGUCAUCUACUGUUUUUAGUUUUAUUUGGACUGUGUUUUGUGCAUAUACAGGUUUUGACUCGAAUGUUAUGUUCUUCCUGUCCGGUGUUAUUUUGGUACUCAGCCUAUCUCAUAACUGAUAAACUUCAGCCUGCUGAGACUAUCAAUCGUUACGAUACAUUUAAAGCUUUAUCGGAACCAAAACCACGGCCUAAUUCAGAAUCAGAUAUAUUUCACCAGUUUUCUCAUUGGUCUUUGCAGAGUCUCAUUUUUAAAUCAUUAUUAAUAUAUUUCUUGGGUUAUUUUGUACUUGGUACUAUUGCUUUCUCUAAUUUUUUACCUUUUACAUAAAAUAAUAAGAUUAUAUUUUU